AUGGUGUUUGUCAAUGAUCACAGCUGCUACAGUGACCAAAGAAUCCAGGAAGAAGCAAGCCCACAUUGCAACUUAGUGCCUGACCUAAUGCAUCGUUUCGGUAUUGGACUUCAAAGGCCAGAAUUUGCUAGAGUUGGGCCUCUGGAUUAUGAGCGGAUGUCACGUACGGAGCUACCUCAAGGCACCCAAGAUGGUCAUUGCGGCCUGUUCAUGGUGAAGUACGUUGAGUGCAUAUUGGCUGGGAUCCCUGUCAACUGUGUCACUUUCGACCGUAUGCCAUUUUUCAGAAAGAAGCUAGUGAUCGACUUCUUCCAUAAAGAAUUUUAUUUUGAAAAGGAUCAGUACAUAGAUGUGGCAGAAGCUUGGUGCACAGUUACAUGA